GCAGUCCACCAGUUCCGGACAAUAGCAUUUAGAUUUUUCCUUUGGCUAGUUAUAUAUAUAAAAGCAAACCCGAGUGGAGAAUUUGAUUGGAAACCCGUUCUGACUUUUAAACUUGAUCAGUCCGUGCGUGUCUCUGGCUGGGAGCGCGGAGUUGUGCGAUGGAGGUGCAGAACCAGCAACAGCAACAGCAACAAGUGGAGAGGCUGAACCAGGCAUUGCAGCAACAGCUGAACCUUGAGGCCGUGAAGGCGCGAGCCAGCAGCCUCUACAAUGCCAUCUCUCGCAUCCUAGAAGACUUCGACGCCUAUGGCCGCACCAACACCACCCCCAAAUGGCAAGACAUUUUGGGGCAAUAUUCUAUGGUGAAUCUUGAGCUUUUCAACAUUGUUGAUGAAAUCAAGAAGGUCUCCAAGGCCUUUGUAGUGCAUCCAAAGAAUGUAAAUGCUGAGAAUUCUACAAUCCUACCAGUUAUGCUGUCCUCAAAGCUAUUGCCUGAGAUGGAAAUGGAUGACAACACCAAGAGAGAGCAGUUGCUUCAUGGGAUGCAAAACCUGCCAAUAUCCUCACAAAUUGAGAAGUUAAAGGCUAGAAUUGAUAUGAUUGGAGCAGCCUGUGAAAGUGCUGAAAAAGUAUUAGCUGAGACUCGCAAAGCUUAUUGUUUUGGAACUCGGCAAGGGCCACCAAUUGCCCCAACUUUGGAUAAGGGUCAGGCUGCAAAAAUUCAAGAACAAGAGAAUUUGCUCCGAGCCACCGUAAAUUUUGGCGAAGGAUUGCGAAUACCUGGAGACCAGAGGCAGAUCACACCUGCACUUCCAUUGCAUUUGGUAGAUGUGGUCACUGUAGGUGAUGGAGUGCAGAGUUUUGCUGAUGCAUCAGGCAUGUAUUUAAAGAAUACUCCUAUUUCAUCAAAUAAUAUGAGUGGACAGGGCACUUUGUUGCAGGCUUCUGCUUCACAACUUAUUGGAAGAUCAGCUGCGUCUCCUUCUGGUGCCACAAGUGCUACUUCCUUUGAUAACACAACGGCAUCUCCACUGCAAUAUGCCAAUUCUCCUAGGUCAGGUACAAACAUGAUGAACAUGCCAUCUCCUCAGCAACAAACUCAACAACAACAACAGCAGCAGCAGCAGCAGCAGCAGCAACAACAACAACAGCAACAGCAGCAACAGCAGCAGCAGCAGCAACAACAGCAGCAGCUGCAGCAGCAAAGGCAAAAACUGAUGCAAAUACCUCAGCAUCAGCAGCAACUGCUUGCUCAGCAACAGUUCAGGCAAUCUGGGAUGCAAGGACUGGCACAGAACCAGCUGCCACAGCUGCAUGAUUUGCAAGGCCAGGCUCAGCAAAAGUUUCCAUCGUUACAUGGCCAACAUCAGAUGCAAUUUUCUCAACCAAUGGGGCACCAGCAGUUUCAGGGUAGGCAGUUGCCAUCAGGACAUGUUCAGCAUGGCAUUGGUCAAAGCCAACUCAACCAAGGAAAUCAUAUGAAUCGCCACUUAAGCCAGUUCUCUAGCACUGCUAAUAGUGCAUUAUUUAAUGCAGCUCAGGCGACAUCGAACACCCAAAUGAUUCCAAAUAUUUCGGGAGCGAUGUCAUCGCAAUCACUUUUACCACGGAUGCAGUUUGGAUUAUCUGGUAGCAAUCCCCAGCGGAGUCAUGCUUCCCAAAUUUUGAGCGAUCAGAUGUUUAAUAUGGGAACAGCAAACCCUAGUGGUAUGAUGCCAAUACAACAACAGCAGCAACAACAGCAACAUGGUUCACAAAGUGCAUUUGGUAACAUGCAAACAAAUGCUCAGAAUCUGCAACCUGGUAUGGUAACACUUCAGAACACGCAACAGAAUCUUCCGAAUUUCGCCCAACAGAGACAGCAAAAUCCACAGUGAACGAUAUCAUCUGGUACUAAUAUGUUAUUGUUAAUUUGUUUUACUAUUUUAUUUCCAAACCAUUUUAUUUGGAGAACUCAAAACAAUGCUGUCUGUUUUGGCAAUUUCAUAUCCUCGAGUAGAAUCGGACAUUUUGUAACAAAUACAUGAUUGGGGUUUGUAAUUUUCAUCACUUGUAUAGACCGUCUCAUUUUUAGUUUUAUUUUUUUAAAUUUUUGAAAAAGCAUUGGACAUGACUUUCAUUUUACUUU